GGAGGCAACACAGCAAGAGCGAGGGCAAUCAACAUCCAGGACUUGAAUCUGAAUGCAGAGAUCUCCUCGCUCACAGAUAAAAUCAAGACCAUAAAGGAAGAAAUGAGAGCUGAUGACUUCUCAUUCAUGAUGAAUGUCAAAUCCACUUUGAAGAGAUCCCAGUGCAACCUGCCAAUACCAGAGACUCCAUCAGGAGCGCUGAUUGAUGAGGCCAAACAUGUAGGGAACCUGCUAUUCACAGUCUGGAAGAAGAUGAAGAGUAUAAUCCAAUACACCCCUGUAACUCUGGACCCAAAUACCAGCGGCCCACAACUGAUUCUAUCAGAGAAUUUGACUCAUUUGUCAGAAAGUAAGAUGGCUCAGCUGCUUCCUAACAACCCAGAGAGAGAAGGCCCCUUUGCUGUUCUCGGCUAUGGAAGCUUUAGCUCUGGGAAGCACAGUUGGAAUGUGGAGGUGGAUGGUUUUUGGGCUGCUGGUGUAGCUACUAGAACCAAGCAUCAAACCUCUGCAAGGAUCUUUGGCAUUUACGCGUAUGGUCCCGGUGAUAUUUUGUUCGAACUUGUGACUGAUGCACACAUAACUUCCGUAUCAAGGCAUUUAUUACCCAAAAAGAUCAGAGUGCAGCUAGAUUAUGACCAAGGGCUACUAUCAUUUUUUGACAUUGAUAGAAAUACACCUGUACACACCAUCAAACACACUUUCACAGAACCAGUUUUUCCAUUUUUUCGUGCGACUGUGAAAAUCCUUCCAGCCGUAAUGUCAGUGAAUGUAAGAAUACCCAGAUAAACAUUCUGCAUUACUGCAGAGGUAAAACUACAAGAUGCAACCCUUUCUCCUAGAAAUUAAGUUUAUAUACAACUAAUUUGCAACAGGAAAUGUAUUUUGAAGAAAAAUAAUUGUGAUUAUGUUUUCUAUUAAC